AUGCGAGCUAAUGCUAAUAGACUAUCCGAUGAAAUAACUAAUCUGAAAAAGCAAGAAGUUAAACUUCGAGAUCAAAUAAAACAACAAAGAACUGGUUCAUGGUGUAAUACGUUAAGAAAAAACAUUUUUCAAACACAUCAAAACAACAUAAAUGAAAGGUUAGAUGACAUAUCAAGAUCAAUCAAAGACAAAAACAAAUCAUUGAAAAAUGAAGAACAAACAUUUCAUCGAAAAGCAGCUGAAAUUAUCGAACAAAAUACAAAAGCACAAAUCAGAGUAACUCAAUCAAUGAAACAACAAUUUAUUGACAUUAUUAAGCCGUUUGAUAUAUUUUCCAAUGAAUUUCAGAAAGCAUUAGCAAGUUGUAAUCCCGAAGAAGAUUUCAACCAAUGGAAACAAAAUAUUCUUCAUAAAAAUGCUGAACAGUCAUUCGAAUCCUCAGACAAAAAAGGAAGAUCAUGA